AUAGUCACAGAGUCACAGGCGCACUGUGAUUCCUAUUGAUUCCUCCUUUGCUCUCGUCACAAACACGCUAUCUGGGGCACUGUGUAUCAAUUGAUCUUUACGGAGUGCGUUCAUUACGGAGUGCGUCGACCUAUAAAAAGGAGUGUGGCUUGGAGCACUGGACCAGACUUUCCCCAGUUCUGUUCUUGAGGUGCGAGGGAGACUCCAGAGAGAGAUACUGAGCAAUAUGGAGGGGACUUUCCGAGAGCAGCUGUUCUUUGUUGUGUUAUGUCUGUCAGUUCUCAAGGGAGACGCCAGGUACAUGGAGGAAAAUGAGAUCACUCCAGAAGGAUUAUUUUCCCUUCUUAAUUCUGAACUCAAAAGAGAAAUACCAGAGGAAUUCAUUUACAGCCGACCUCUCCGGUGUCUGGACAUGGUGGCAGCAGAGGGUCAGUUCACCUUUACAGCAGACCGGCCUCAUCUCAGCUGUGCUGCUUUCUUCAUCGCUGAGCCCAACCAGGUCAUCAAUGUGGAGUAUGAUAGCGUUGACAUCGACUGCAGAGGUGGAGACUUCAUCAAGGUGUUUGACGGCUGGGUGAUGAAGGGAGAGAAGUUCCCUAGUUCCCAGGAUCACGCCCUGCCGCUGAUGGAACGCUACGUAGACUACUGCGACUCCGGGACUGUCAGGAGAACCGUACGGUCAUCUCAGAACGUUGCAAUGGUGUUCUUCCGUGUUCACACCGUCGGCAGCUCCUUCACCCUGACUGUCAGGAAACCCAUCAACCCUUUCCCCUGUAAUAUCAUCUCCCAGACACCAGAGGGCAGCUUCACCAUGGUGAUACCCCAGCAGCACAGGAACUGCAGCUUCUCCAUCAUCUACCCCGUGGAGAUCAAGAUCGCUGAGCUCAGCCUGGGACACCUCAACGACUUCCCCAUCAAGAAGUCCAUGCCAGGCUGUGCUGGAGCAGGGGACUUUGUGGAGCUGCUGGGAGGGAACGGGAUGGACCCGUCUAAGAUGUUCCCAGUAGCUGACCUCUGCUACAACUUCAACGGCCCCGCCCAGAUGAAGAUAGGUUGUGACAACACUGUGGUGAGAAUGGUGUCCAGCGGUAGGUUUGUCAACCGGGUGGCGUUCCAGUACCGGCUACUGGACCGACAGGAGCUGCAGAGGAUCAAGGUGAACAGUGUGGAGGAUUUCUGCUUCACUGGCUGAGCUCUCUCUAUCUAUCUCUCUAUCUACCACUUAGCUAAUGGGGACCACCCAUCACUGGCUGCCAAAUCUACCAUGAUACUGAUUACAGAAAAAAAUCCUGAGGAUUGCCAUAACGUUCUGUUCUGUACUCCUUUUUGAAUUUAAAGAGAUUCAUUUAUUUUUUACCUCAUUGUUUUUUCUUCUUCACUAUAUGUUAAAUGAAUUGUGGCUGGCGCUCAAGCUUAAUAAAGUGUUAUUUUGUGUUUGUGGGCAGUUCUGCUAUUGGUUUGAUUCUAUGAAUGCCAGUGAAAACAGACCAGUGAGGGUGUUAGCAGGGUGUUUUGGUUCACGUUCUUUACAAGGAAGGGUGUUGAAAAACUGAAUUGUUUCUUUCUAUUUAUUUUGGGAGACGAUGUGUGUCGUUUUGGGACUGUGGCCGGAGGCAAGUGUUCAAUAGAGUAUGUUAAAUACAUGUUCAUUGCUGUUAUCUUUAUUUAUUUGUAUCAAACUAUUUUUUUGUAAUAAAACUGAGCCGCAUGAUAAAGCA